AAAUUUUCAUAGUUCUUGGCAGUUGCUGCUAUUGCAGUAGGAACAAUGUUUGGUAUUGUCGUGACACUACUAAAUAUUUCAAUGGUAGUAGUUCGAGUGCAACUUAUUUUGGCGCUCCAGAUACGGUCACACCGCGACGCCCAUGUGUUUUGAAUUGCCACAAAAGCGAAAGAAUCUUUAAAUCCACCAGCUUUGUUUGACAAAAUCCGAAGACUAUGAGCAAGGACAACAAGAUGAAGCACCUGACCCAGCUGGGCAUCUCCUCACGCAUGAACUUCCUGUUCCAGGCCUCGAAUUUAAUGGCAGUAGGCAAUCAACCCAAACUGGCCGCCUACUAUGGCAAACUCUGCCGCAAUGUGGGCAACAAGGCUGUCAUGCACAUGGCCCCGGCCUUGAAGCGUUCCCUGUGCAGGCGCUGUUUCCUUCCCCUGAUUCCCGGAGUGAAUACGGAGCUGCAUGUGGCCGAAGGAGCCCAGGAUGCCAAGACUGCUGCUCAUGCUCCCUCGAACGGAGCAGCCAAAACGAAGAAAAAGCGCCAUCGCAGGCAGCGCAAGAAGCCCAAAAGCCAGAACACAGGGAACACCAACCAGGAGGAAUCCCAGGUCCAAAUCCAAGAAAGUACUGAACAGCUCUCUCUGUUCUUAGAGUGCUCACUCUGCUGCGGCCGGCGAAGCUUUGCGGCGAACAGUCAAAGAGACUGUUGGUUGGAGCAGCCGCAAUCCAUGGUGCAAGUGGUCUCGUUCCCCAAAGAGAAAGACUAG